GAUUUGCAUGUGUCCAAUAAGGAUUAUACUGCUCUCAUUACAGCUCUCAGGGAAAUUAAGUCCAAUGUAACGCCACACAACGUCUGAUUUAACCGGUGACAGCCAAAGAAAGAAGACGUACGAGAACUCUUGUGGAUUUUAAAAGGAAAGUUAUUCAACUCCGUGCUGGAUUUUACGUGCAACAUGACUUUUGAGGAACUUAACGGAGAUUACUCUAUUGAAAGGAUGGAUUCUGUGAUUAAAGCUCUGGAGGAGGUCCUGCGCUCCGCAUUACCGCAGGGAUGCAUUACAGUUGGGGUCUACGAGGCUGCAAAGUCACUCAAUGUGGAUCCUGAUAACGUGGUGUUGUGCAUCUUGGCAACUGACGACGAUGAUACGAAGGAUGUGGCGCUUCAGAUACACUUCACUCUCAUUCAGGCUUUCUGCUGUGAGAACGACAUCAACAUCCUGCGCGUGAACAACACUCACCGCCUCGCGCACAUCCUCGGGGGCGCGGGCAUGCACGGGAGCGAGCAGAUGGAUUUGCACUGCAUUCUGGUCACUGUUCCACAUGCAUCCACAUGGAAAAACCCAGCUCUGGGAAAAGUGAACCGCUUCUGCAGAGAGAGUCGGUGUAUGGAUCAAUGGGUGCCCAUUAUCAACCUUCCAGAACGAUGAGGACAGCUAAAACCAAGAGGAGAAAACAUGCAUAAAAAUAUCUAGUAAAAAAGAUAAAAGCUAAAAAAGGUGGUCACAAAAAGGACUGAUUGUCCAGACCGGUGGAACUGGGGACUGACCUUCAGAAUAAACUGGAGGAGGAGCACCCAUUUGCAAUCUGAGAUGAUUCAGCGCUUUUUGGCUUUGUUUGUGGGACUUUUUGAGGACGUCACAUGAAGCUAAUUGUGAAUGGAAGUGAGCACCUGAGUAUCUUGUGAGAUUGUUUAUUGGUGAAGUGUCAUAAAGCACUUCAGUUAAUUACAGGAUGAAAGAUUUCUCAGAGGAAACAAAUGAAGCAAUAUUUUUUCAGAGAGGCUGGCCUAUUCUUUUUAUCUUUGCCAUCAGUUUUUAAAUAGCAUAUCAUCAGUACUUGUUUAUUAAUGUUGGAAUACAUAUUUUAAAAGGAACUUGCUUCUAAACCACUGAGAGGAAAACUAUGCAUUUACAGUAUCCUGUACGAAUUUUUUAUUUUUUGUACAUAAGUUAAUUGUUCUUUUGUGGUCUUUAAGUUAUUUCUAUUAUAUUAAUUUAAAGAAGUAUUUAUGUAAAACUUUUUAUACUAUUAUAUUCAAACAUGAAAUGAAUUUUGUGUUGCAAUAAAAGUAUUUUUGAACACAA